ACUGGGGAAGAUUGAGGUGGAUUCCUGCCCGUCUUCGUAAGGCGACUACGACCAGUUGCCGACGCGGAUGCUCUUGAGCUCGGCCAAGUUCAUCGCGCGACGAAGCACCGACUAUCAGGGUUUGUAGUGCCCCAAGUUAUCUGUUGGAACUACCCAGGCGUGCCACGAUGAAGACCGCAGCAGCAGGCUGGCUGUUUGCCGGAUGUCUGGUGGCAUCUAUCAUAUUCUCACGAGCAGACGACAGUGCCAGUGCCUUCGUCAAGACGACAAUAGCGUCCAACCCUCUGGUGAUCUUCUCGAAAUCGUACUGCCCCUACUGUAAGCGGGCGAAAAAUGUGUUCAAGGAGCUGAAAGAGACGCCGUAUGUGGUGGAACUUGACCUUCGCGAUGACGGGGGGUCGAUUCAAGAGGAGAUUGGGAAGAUGCAUGGGGUGUGGACUGUGCCUCAGGUCUUCAUUGGUGGACAACGCCUUGGUGGAUCUGACGAUACAGUGGCAGCGUACUCGUCAGGCAAACUUCAGAAGAUGCUGGAUGAUCUGAAGAAGUCGUCCGGUGAAUCGGAAAACUAUGAUUUAUGACUGCAUGGCCUAGACGUCGACGAAGAUUAUGACGCUUAUUGGUUGAAUCACUGAUCAGUAAAACAUACACGGGCAAGCGCCGUUCCAGCUCAUUGUCCAUUUAUGCAUGCCAGGACAAUGGGAGGACUUAGUGUGGUUAGUGAUCCUAUUUUCUGCAGGAAUGAAUGUGUUUGUGGCUGGCGAACAGUUAAUGUUCCCCUUUCUAUGGACUCUACCUAGAGAAUAUUCACAGGUUGUGUGUGUAUACCUGUGUCUUCAAGCUGGUUAGCACGCGAGUUAUCAAGAGGAUGUGUGCUUGUGGAUUGACUGAAUUGAACCUAGUAAGAGCAUGCUUCGGUCUUAUUACGUGUAUCCUUUGGCCCUACAUAUGUAUGUUGGGGGGGUUAUUGAAUGCCCAGGAUCGACAGUGUUAGUAGCGUGGGUAUGGGCUGGUGCCUUACUGGUUGUCAAUUGUGGAUGGAGUUGUUAUCUUGGCUUUCGUAGACACCCUCUGGGUCUUUCAAAAAAAAAAAAAAGAAAAAAAAAAGGGAAGAGGUACUCAGUUUAGGGUACGAAUAAGCCCAGCUCAGUGGAAACACCCAUGACGUGUUGAAAAACAGACCCAAGUUAGACUCCAGAUACUAUCAGAUAUAUUGACUAAGUUUGAAGCCAGAUGAAAUCAGACCCAAGUUUGAAGCCACAGAUGAAAUCAGACCCAAGUUUGAAGCCAGGUGAAAUCAUACCCAAGUUUGAAGCCAGGUGAAAUCAGACCCAAGUUUGAAGCCAGGUGAAAUCAGACCCAAGUUUGCAGCCAGAUGAAAUCAGACUGGCAGGACAAAAGAAUUCUGAGUUAACUGGGGCUGGUCAGAACGAUGAUGAUAUCGCAAGGGUGUUGCUCUUUCAAAAAUCAAAACGAAGUUCUGAGUGUGUGACAUGUGGAUGAGCUGGAGCAGGUCUCAUCAAUGAGUGGGCUGUUGAAUGGUGGCAGAAAUGGUUGCGAUCGGUGUCAGCUGUGAUCUGCAACUCUGUGCUGCAAAUUCAUGGACCUGUUUCCGAGCGUGUGUUCUCUUUUUCUUUUCCCCAUUUACCUACGUUACCGGAUCGGACGUCCGGGAACCCCCUGACCGUC